CCACGCGCGCCGCCGGCCACACCUUCGCCGGUGGAUAUUUGCCCCCCCUUCCCCCCCCCCCCCCCCCCCCUCCCCACCGUCUCUCUCUCCCUCUCGAUUUCGUCUUUGUCGCAGAUUCAUACGCACCCAGCCUCCCAGCCUCAGAUCACUGGUGGUCGUCGCUGUACAGCCCGUAAGUUAUUUAGAGACUUUCAAGGUUAAUCAAAAUGGGGUUAGGCCCUAAAUAUUGAAAGUAAUUCUAGCUUAUGAUUUACGUGUGAAUUGAGGCUUCAGUCAGCUAAAGGAAGAUUUUUUGAAUAUUAGUUGAGAUUCAAUUUCGAGACAAUGGAACAGCGGGCAGAGGGUGAGUCGAUAAGAGUAGCCUCUGAGGAGCUCUCUCAGGAGUUCAAAACUUUGAUGAAUAAUGAUGAUUUGAACUCUCUCAACCAUUUGCAACAUCUCAUAUUGGGCAGAUUGCAGGAUAGCAAUGCAGUCCUGUCUCAUUUCAACGAGUUUUCGGAGCACUGCUUUGCUGCAGUUUCUGGAGAUCUAUCUAGAAAUACUCGUCUUUUAAACUCUAUGAAAUCUGACCUAGAUUACAUAUUUCAGAAAAUAAGGAGCAUGAAAUCAAGAAUUUUAGCUACUUAUCCAGAUGCAUUUCCAGAUGAGUCAACAAGUGAAGCUCUUGAUAGGAGACCAGACCUUGAAAUACCUCGAUAACGACAUAAACUACGAUGGCAAUUGGCAAGUAAUCGGUUUCCUAAUGGGAAUGAGAAAAUGUAGAUAGAUCAUCUUCCUGAAUUAUUUUCAUGAUGUUGUCCUUGAUCUCACUAACGUAUGAAGUUUAAUUCAAACACAUUUGUUUAUAUUUGUGUAA